CUUUGGAGAUGGUGGAAUUGGUAAUCCACAGGUGAUCAGCUGCAUCUUCAUACCUUUCUUCCAGAGUCAGAACAGGUGACCCUGACAUGUUCUGUUUGCUGUUUCAGCUUAUGAGACCAGGACAGAGUUGACUUCAGAGAAGAUGCUUGGUGGGGAAGAACUGGGCCGACUCAGGGGGACUAUUCCGCAGGGGCCUGAGCCAAGAGAAGAAUGUGAGCAUGUCGGGGAGCUAGAGGAGAGCCUGGACAAGCCCGUGGUUCAGAGAGGCCCCAGGCCAGUCACACUGACGAAUGAGGAGAGUGGCCAGGAGUCUGGGGGAAGCCUCACAUUGGGGUCGAGCCCUGUGUCUGAUCAGAGACCUCACAGAUGUGAUAUAUGUGAACAGAGUUUUGAACAGAGAUCAUACCUCAAUAACCAUAAGCGUGUACACAGGUCAAAAAAGCCAAAUGCAGUUCAUGAUUCUGGGGAAAUCUUGAGUGUGAAUUUAGUUGUUAAAGAAGAUCAGAAAAUUGUUAUUGGGAAAAAACUGCAUUACUGUGGUUACUGUGGGAAAGCCUUCAGGUACAGUGCUAACCUUGUCAAGCACCAGCGGCUUCACAGCGAAGAGAAGCCCUACAAGUGUGAUGAGUGUGGUAAAGCCUUCAGCCAGAGCUGCGAGUUCAUCAAUCACCGAAGGAUGCACUCCGGGGAGAUCCCCUACCGGUGUGACGAGUGUGGGAAGACGUUCAAUCGGAGGCCCAACCUCAUGAAGCACCAGAGGAUCCACACCGGGGAGAAGCCCUACAAGUGUGGCGAGUGUGGGAAACACUUCAGCGCCUACUCGUCCCUCAUUUAUCACCAGAGAAUCCACACUGGAGAGAAACCCUAUAAGUGCAACGACUGUGGGAAAGCCUUCAGUGACAGCUCAAUCCUUAUCCGACAUCGUCGGACUCACACCGGAGAGAAGCCAUUUGAGUGUAAAGAAUGUGGCAAAGGCUUUACCCAAAGUUCUAACCUUAUCCAGCAUCAAAGAAUUCACACUGGAGAGAAACCCUAUAAGUGUAAUGAAUGUGAGAAAGCCUUCAUCCAAAAAACCAAACUUGUUGAACAUCAGAGGAGCCACACGGGGGAGAAGCCCUACGAAUGUAAUGACUGUGGCAAAGUCUUCAGCCAGAGCACGCACCUCAUCCAGCAUCAGAGGAUCCACACGGGAGAGAAGCCCUACAAGUGUGGUGAGUGUGGGAAGGCCUUCCACAACAGUUCCAGACUCAUCCACCACCAAAGGUCACACCAUGGAGAGAAGCCGUACAAAUGCAUUGAUUGCAAGAAAGCCUUCAGCCAGGGCGCUUACCUCAUCCAGCACCGGAGGAUCCACACCGGGGAGAAGCCCUACAAGUGUGGUGAGUGUGGGAAGGCCUUCCGGCACAGUUCCAACAUGUUCCAGCACCAGAGGAUCCACACCGGGGAGAAGCCCUACAAGUGUGGCGAGUGUGGGAAACACUUCAGUGCCUACCCCUCCCUCAUUUAUCACCAGAGAAUCCACACUGGAGAGAAACCCUAUAAGUGCAACGACUGUGGGAAGGCCUUCAGUGACAGCUCAAUCCUUAUCCGACAUCGUCGGACUCACACUGGAGAGAAGCCAUUUGAGUGUAAAAAAUGUGGCAAAGGCUUUACCCAAAGUUUUAACCUUAUCCAGCAUCAGCGAAUUCACACUGGAGAGACCCUAUAAAUGUAACAAAUGUGAGAAAGCCUCCAUCCA